CGUGGAAUGGGCUUGGGCUUCAUCCAGACUGGUCUACGGGAUGUGAAAACGGUGGACAGAAUGACGACCUUCGCCGAUAAUCAGCUGUCUCCUUUGUGGGAGAAGGCUUUGGAGAACUAUAGGGAUGAGCUGGCGGCGGACGAUGACUUUCGAACGAUUCUGGAGACGAAAAGUCUCGAUGAGCUAUUGAAUGAUCCGAAGAUCUUGCAGCCGUUUGGACCACAGGGACGAAAGGCACUGGAUUCUAUGAAUCGCCUGAGACCGACGUUCAAAAUAGUUAACGAUUUCUCUGCGGUGCUCGCGGUCUCUUUUGGCGCGGGGACAAUGCUUACGGCGCUCGUCUGGGGUAGCAUUCGAAUGAUAUUAACGUUGGCGUCAUCGGCAGAAAACACCCUCCAAGAAGUGUUUGACAUGCUGGAAGAACUGAGCCUGACUCUUCCCCGCCUGAAGUUCUACGAGAAGACAGUCUCCAUGGAUCAGGAACUGGAAGCAUCGCUUCUCGCGGUUUAUACCGAAGUCAUCUGUUUCUAUGCUAGGGCAAUUCACUUCUUUCGUAGUCACAAGCAUAUGGUGCUAUUGCGGAAUUCAUGGUCGGAAUUUAGCGGCGACUUCAGCAAAACCGUGCAGCGAAUUAAAAGACUGUCAGCCACAAUUGAAAGUGAAGUGGAACUUCGGAGAAUGCGACUCGACAAUGAAAAAUAUCACGAAGUCCUCAAUCUGAUGGCAACAUUCCACACUAAACGCACGGAACCGACGGCGACAAUCCGGCAUUAUAUCCCUUUCUCAGAGUCUCCACGGUUCUGGGGACGGGAUGACAUCCUUUCUAAAAUUGAUGGAGCUUUCUCGUCCAGUAAACAGACCGACUCCUUGCGAUCAUUUGCAUUGUACGGCAUGGGUGGCGUUGGAAAAACCCAAAUCGCAUUGCGAUAUGCUAAUUCCUCGCGUGACAAGUUUGACGCUAUUUUCUGGGUUGCCGCCGAUAACUUGAUCACUAUUGGACAAAGCUUCCGAGAAAUCGCGAGGUCCCUCAGUCUCAUCCAGUCAAACACGGAGACUGAUGAUAAUGCGGUAAUGCUGGAGGUGAAAUCGUGGUUGUCGUCAACAAAGAGUCGCUGGCUACUUAUAUUCGACAACGCAGAUGACUUGGGUGUUCUCAAACAGCCUUGGCCCAGUAGCACAAACGGUUGCAUACUAUUGACAAGUCGUGACUUAACUGCAGCAUUUAGCCUGGCCUCGGAAGGCUGUCAGGUAACACCAUUUGACACUGCAUCCGGUUCCGCGGCACUGUUAAAUAUUGUCGGCCUUGAUCCUAGUACGGCGUCAAACUUGGAGACGGCUGAAACGAUCACCUCUACUUUGGGUGGAUUGCCUUUGGCCCUUACCCAAAUCGGUGGGUUUAUUGUCCAGCGACGUAUUCCAUUGAAGGACUUCCUGCCCCUGUACAAUCGAAGCUCAGCUAGGGUGGAUGCUAGGGGCACGGUAAACAUGAACUACAACCAUACUCUGGCUACCGUGUGGGAGAUGUCCUUAAGUAGACUCUCCGGAGAUGCCAAAGCUCUCCUCAUGAUUCUUGCUUUCACGGAUCCAGACUGUGUCCAAGAAUCAUUAUUGACCGAAGGUGCACUUCAUGUGCCCAAUCCUCUGCUGCAAUUUGCCGAAGACGAGAUCGCGCUAUUAGAUGCUGAAGAUGUUCUGCUUCAAGGGGCUCUAAUCGACAAAACAAAUGACGGUGGUAUUAUGUCUAUGCAUCGACUCAUCCAAACAGCGGUCAUUCGCAGAAUGAAUUCAGUGGAGCGACAAGAAAUAUUUUCUAUUCUUGUUGCAGUACUCCUGGUCAACUUCCCCGACACUUACAGUGCCGAUGUUGGACAUCAAGCUGCUUCAUGGGCCUCUUGCGAAAAGAGCUUACCGCACUUGCAAAGCCUUAUCAAGCAGAAUGAAGCGCAUUGUAUUUUCCUCAAAGACAACCAGGCCUUUGCUGAGCUCUUAUUGCGCAGUUCAUGGUAUCUGUAUGAGAGAGAAAACUACAGUGUUGCUCAGUCCUAUGUGAAAAUAUCAUUAGGGAUGUUUUCUGAUCACAAGUCGCUCGCUUACGCCAGUGCAGUCGAUCUACAAGGACUGAUUCAUCUUGACAUACGCCAGCCAAACGUCGCUCUGGAAGCCUUCGAAGAAGCCUACAAACUCCGCUCAGAGAUUCUCGAGACUCAGAACGUGUUUCUCGCUGCCAGCCUAGUGAACAUCGGGCUUGCUCUCACAGAAAUUGGCCGAUUGUCAGAAGCUCAUGAUUACCUGCAGCGGUCGAUCGACAUACGCCUGGAACACAAUAGCGAUCGAAUUGGUAACUCAUACAGUAACAUGGCAAGCCUUCUCCUGCGCAUGGAAAAGGCAGAUGAAGCCGAGGAGAUGCUGAAAAGAUGUCCUUCCUUGAAGGAUUUCACCGAUGAGACUUUUCUGAAAACAGGCAAUCCUCGAUUUUCAGGUGACAUGGUUCUUCUCGGCAGGAUUCGGUCAAAACAGGGGCUACAUAACGAAGCUCUGAGGUUCGCUUCGAAAGCCUUGGACUUCCGACGGCAGUGCUUGGGCGAACGUCUGAAAGUUUGCGAUUCCCUCUACCAAGUGGCCGACUUGCUUCAAAGGGGAGGCCAAUCCGCUCUCGCUAUUCAACUCUACGAGGAGUGUAUCAAGAUAUCAGAAGCGCUCCCACCAAUCGAGGGACUGCGCCAUCUUGCCCGCGCAAAGCAUGGAUUGUCUGUUGUUCUGGAAACAGUCGGCAAGCGCAAGGAAAGUGAGCAAUACGCGGAGCAAGCUAAAGCACUGAAGAAAGAGGUAUUAAACGACGACACUAAUCAAUCGUUUGGUCCUGAUACGGAACCAGACUUUGAGGAUCUCGUGCCAUGGAUGUUGUGGUAAACGAUAUUAUGUUUGAUCAGAACUUUGUGUAGUUUUCGAGUUCUAUUCGAAGGAUCCUUUCUCAGUCUGCUUAAUAGG